GCCGGCAUGUGCUGCGCAUCAGGAAAAGUUGUGCUGUUACCUGUACCCGCUCCGCCGGAGCCUUUAUUAUCCCUUCUUACUGGCAAUUCAGAUGAUUCCAAAUUAUUUUUGCGUAAGAUACGCAAAUUUAAUUCUUGCUUCCAAAUGACGUCAUUUGGGGCAACUAAAAUUUGCGAUCGUGCAUCCGAUGGACGUAAUUUUGAAACUACAUUCAAAAUUCAAGGCCAGGUGUACCAUAAAAUCGGAUCAUUGAUGCCAAUGCCUGAUAACAAUCCGAAAUUUCUUCAAAUUUAUUUUAUGGGCGAUUGUGAAGAGCGCGUGACGACUCGGUGCCUGUAUAAUUUUAUUGAACAAGCAGAGGAAAGAGCAAUUGUGAUAUUAUUGGAAAAUUUUUUAGAAGAUCACAAUCAACUAAUUCAAUUGAUCAAAAGAGUUUCGCCACGACUGCAAAAUGACAAUUAUCAAAUCGUCAUAAAAGCCGACAAAGUACCAUUAGGUGAACAUGCUGGUAGAUUCAACGCUCCAACUGUUGAUGAGGUUGCUGUUAUCAUGGUUGGUGAUCCAGUUGACAAAAGAUCUAUAAAAAUUACACGGCGAGACAACACUGUCAGUACGAUUUCGGAUCUACACCGUUCAUAUGACGCACUACAAUAUCCAUUGAUAUUUUGGCAAGGACAAGAUGAAUAUCACCUUAAUAUCAAACAGUGAUUACAGAAAUAAUAAAGUUAGCUCAAUGAACUACUACGCACACCGAAUAAUGGUUAGACAACAUCAAGACAAUUAUA